GACAGACCUCCGGGGGUCUUUGGGUGCCGUUCGCCAGCGCUCACCCAUGCAGGCGGUUCCGGGCAGGGCCGUUCGCCACCAUCUUAGCGGCGGCAGCGGUGCCACCGCCUGUCACCGAAGCCUGGUGGGGGGAGAACAGGGAAACGCCGGGGCACGCAGAACCGGGGCGGGCAGAGGCAGGGCUCCGCCAGCUCCUCCAUUCCCACCCCGGCCGCUGCCGCCCCUCCGCCGAGGAGGGCUUCCUGUCCCCCGCCUUCCCCUGGCCGCCCGCCCGCUCCCUCCCUCCCGCCGGGGCCGAGCCGAGAGCCGAGGGGAGGGGGCUGCGGGCGCUUCCUGCCGCCGCCCCCGCCGGGGCAGAGCGGAGCGGGGCGGGGAGGGGAGCACGGCCCGGCCCGGCCCAGCCGAGCGGCGCUUUCCGGCCCGAGCCAAACUUACCGGCGGGCUGCCAAAAAGAUACUGGAAAUUUUAUUAUUUACAUUUUUCUAAUUUAUUUAUUUUAAUCUUUUUUUUCGGCACUUUCGGCGGGGACCCCGGGGCGGAGCCGCCCUCACCGAUUCUGCUGCGGUCGGGAGGGGCCGAUACCGGUACCCGCAGCGCUGCCGGUCCCCGGGAAUGGGCUCCGGCGGGGUGCCCGCCGCUUAGCCCGGCUCGGUACAGCCCGGCCCGGCCCGGCCCGCCGGGAGCAGCGGGGCCGCGCCGCACAGCAUGGCCGCAGAGCUCAGCGCCGAGGAGGAGCAGGCGACCAAGCAGUUCCUGGAGGAGAUCAACAAGUGGACAGGCCAGUACAAUGUGUCCCCGCUCUCCUGGAACGUGGCUGUCAAGUUCCUCAUGGCCCGCAAGUUCGACGUCCUGCGGGCCAUCGAGCUCUUCCACUCCUACCGGGAGACACGGCUGAAGGAGGGCAUCGUGAAGCUGAAGCCGCACGAGGAGCCGCUGCGCUCGGAGCUGCUCAGCGGCAAGUUCACCAUUCUGAGCGUGCGGGACCCUUCGGGAGCCUCCAUCGCCCUCUUCACAGCCAAGCUGCACCAUCCUAGCAAGAGUGUGCAGCAUGUGGUGCUCCAGGCGCUCUUCUACCUGCUGGACCGAGCAGUGGAGAGCUUCGAAACGCAGAGGAAUGGGCUGGUGUUCAUCUAUGACAUGGCAGGCUCACAGUACACCAACUUUGAGCUGGACCUCAGCAAGAAGAUCCUUAACCUGCUGAAGGGUGCCUUCCCAGCUCGGCUGAAGAAGGUUUUCAUCGUGGGAGCUCCCAUGUGGUUUCGCGUGCCCUACUCCAUCAUCAGCCUGCUGCUGAAGGAGAAGCUGCGGGAGCGGGUGCAGAUGGUGAAGAUGUCAGAGCUGAAGGAGCACCUGCCCCGGGAAUGCCUCCCUGAGUACCUUGGGGGGUCCCUCAAACUCGACCCUCUGAGCUGGAACUGCCGGUUCCUGCCCCAGCAGAACGGGCACCCCGACCCUCUGGACGAGCUCAUCCUGGUGCCACUGGUGGCCCCCAAAGAUAACGGCUCCGUCCACGUCCCCGGGCCCAAGUCUGUCACCCUCCAGGAGCUGCUGGACCAUGUCAGCCACAAGCAGAAACGGGGCAUCUACGAAGAGUACGAAGAGAUUCGGCGCAGGAGCCCAGCCGGCACCUUUGUCUGCUCUUUGGCACCCUACAACCAGGAGAAGAACCGGUACGGGGAUGUGCCCUGCCUGGACCAAACCCGUGUCAAGCUGGCAAAGCCGUACAGCCGGCCCGAGCUGACUGACUACAUCAAUGCAAGCUUCAUGGAUGGCUACAAGCAGAGGAAUGCUUACAUUGGCACUCAGGGGCCUCUGGAAAAUACCUACGGUGACUUCUGGCGCAUGGUGUGGGAGCAAAAUGUCCUGGUGAUCGUGAUGACGACCCGGCUGGAGGAGGGAGGCAGGAGAAAGUGUGGCCAGUACUGGCCUCUGGAGAAGGAUUUCCAGGUGCGCUAUGGGGCCCUGACCAUCACCAACUUAGGUGUGGAGAACCUCAACCAUUACAAGAAAACCAUCCUGGAGAUCCACAGCUCAGAGACCAGGGAGCGUCGCCUGGUGUCCCAUUUCCAGUACCUGAGCUGGCCGGACUAUGGCGUCCCCUCCUCCGCCGCCACCCUCAUCGACUUUCUGGGGGCUGUGAAGCAGCAGCAGAGGGUGGCAGUCAGUGCCCUGGGACCUCGCUUCAAAGGUCACCCCGGAGGACCCCCAAUCGUGGUGCACUGCAGCGCCGGCAUUGGCAGGACAGGUACCUUCUGCGCGCUGGACAUCUGCCUGUCGCAGCUGCAGGACGUGGGCACGCUGAACAUCUACCAGACGGUGCUGCGCAUGCGGAGCCAGCGCGCCUUCAGCAUCCAGACCCCCGAGCAGUACCACUUCUGCUACGCCGCCAUCCUCGAGCACGCCCAGCGCCAGGGCCUCCUGCUUGCCAACCACGGCACCCACUGGCCUGCCCAGGACAAGAGCUCGCCGGGACACUGAGAGCCGCCGCCUCCCCACGGGACCCUCCUCCCCAUCCUCUCCGGGGCUGCCUCUGCAUCCCCCGAGGUUCAACGGGGCCCGGUGCCGGGGCGGGGGGAGACGGCUGCCCGCCCGCACCCGCUGGCAGCGCUGUGGAACUGUGCCUUAUCCAAGCCCAGUGCGGGAGGACAGCGUGGGGAGAGGCUCCCACUCCUCCCCGCCGUGCUUCUGCUCGGGGAGGUGGUUUUUCUUGUCUUUGAGUUGGUUUUGUUUUGGUUGAUGUUUUGGUUGAUGUUUUGGUUUUUUAUGAUUUUUUUAAUUAUUUUUUUUUUUCUGUUGGGACCAGCUAAAA